AGGGCUAGAGUCUAGGGCGGGAGAAUGGAGGAGCAAGAGCGUUUCGAUGUGGAGUACCUCAAGAGCACGGUCGCGGAGGUUCUCGCGAAGGGAUGCGCGGCGGUGGUGGCGGCGGAGCCCGGCGAUCCGGUUGCGUAUCUCAGCCUUUGGCUCCACAAGUACGUAGACAAUGUGGAGGUUUUGGAGCGAUUGAAGAGGGAAAAGGCUGUGGAGAAGCAGCUAGAAGAGGGUCAAAAGGCCGUGGAGGUCGUGAGGAAGGAGCGCCUGGAAUUCUCCAAAUCAUGGAGGGAGGAUACUCUCAAGGCGUUGCGAGGGAUCAAGAAUGAUCCUUAUCUCUUGUGGAAGUCCACAUUGGAGGCCAUAUCAAUUUUCACUGGUUGCAGCUCUGCCUAUGUCGCAGCAGUCGCUGAGAAGAUGUGGGAGCCCAAGCCGGAUCCAAAACCAGAGGGAGAAGAAGGCGAGGAGGGUGCAGAGCCUCCGCCAGAGGAAGAGGAAGAGGAAGAGCCAGAGCCCGAGCCAGAACCAGAGGAGGAAGAGGAAGAGGUAGCUGAAGAAGGUGGUGGAGAAGGCGGUGAAGGAGGAGCUGAGGGCGAAACGCCAGAAGGUGGUGAAGCUCCACCGAAGAAGAAAAAGAAAGAAAAGCCUCCCAAGCCAAUCAACUACAAGAAGAAGAUAUUGAUCUACACUGCUGCUACUCGAAGGAGCUUGUUUAUCCUCAACAAGCAGUACAACAAGAAGAAGGGUCCUGUAACUUUUAGGAUAUUGUUGGAACUACUGCCUCAGCUGCACAUCCCGAAUGUGUUGUACCAAGAAAACAUGCAGUUUUUCGGCGCUGUUCCAAGGCUGGGCGCUUAUUUUGCAGUUCCAUUGGUUAUCAAUACAGUUCCUCCUGAGAUCGUGGCCAUAUUGUGCGCGGACACGUUGAAAGGAGACGAGUAUGGCACUGCGAAACCUUUUGACGAUUCUGAGAGGGAGUUCAUUUCAAGAGCUGCUACAAUCUUGGGGGAAGUGCUGGGUGAAAACCACGUUGAAAACAUAAAAGACUACAAAACUGAGGAACUAAUGGCCCAACUCAAGGAGAAGCUGAAGCAGAUAGAAGUUGACAGAAAGGCGGCCUUGAAAAAGGAGAAGGCGGAAAAGCUGGCUGCAGAGAGAGCUGCAAGGAAAGCUGCUAGAGAGGCUGCUAAAGAGAAGGCCAAGGCAGAAGGUAAGGAACUUGAAGAAGAACCGGAAGAACCCGAAGCAGAACCGGAACCGGAGCCUGAGCCAGAACCAGAGGCUGCUGAAGGAGAGGGUGGUGAAGGAGGUGAAGCUGAAGAAGAGGAAGAGAAGGAGGAAGAGGAAGCUCCUCCUGAGGAAGAAGCACCACCAGAAGAAGAACCAGAACCUGAAGAGCCAGAAGAACCCGAAGAGGAGCCGCCAGAAGAAGAGUCUCCCGCCGAGGGCGAAGUUGUCGACGUGAAGCAAAAGCUCUUGAAGACUUUACAGCGGGACAUUGCAAAAGCUAAGAAGAAGAUUGAAAAGCUCGAGGCAAAGAAUGCCAAAGCCAAGGAGGUUAUGGAGAAGAAGGCCGAGACUGUUGCAAAGCUGGAAGACGAGAUGGCUGUAUCUCAGUCACUUUUGGGCCACUUACAAAACUUGCUGGGUGGUGUGAUGGAGCUUAUCAACGGAAUUAAGGUAUGUUUGAAUACAUACCAAUCGUGA